AUGGAGGAGGUCACCGAGGCCGUGAACAAUCUCAGCAUCUCGGGCGGAGGAGCCGCGGCCGGUGCCGGUGCCGGUGCCGGGGCGGAGGGGCACAAGAAGAACCGCAUCCAGGUCUCCAACACCAAGAAGCCCCUCUUCUUCUAUGUCAACCUCGCCAAGAGGUACAUGCAGCUGCACAACGAAGUGGAGCUGUCGGCCCUCGGCAUGGCCAUUGCAACGGUCGUGACAGUAGCAGAAAUUCUGAAAAAUAAUGGCCUUGCUGUCGAGAAGAAGAUCAUGACAUCUACUGUUGAAGUCAAAGAUGAAACUAGGCCCCGAUCUCUUCAGAAGGCCAAGAUUGAAAUAUUGCUUGGCAAGACGGAGAAAUUUGAUGAGCUGAUGGCUGCGGCUGCAGAAGAGAGGGAAGCUAAUGAGGCCGAGGAACAAAGCUGA